ACCUACCGGGAAAAUCGAAUUUCUCAAAUUGCGGGGAUCUUUCUCUUUUACUCUCACUAAGACGUAAUUAGAGUGAGUGAGAAAAAUGCCCGCAAUUGGCGAACUUCGAUUUUCGCGGUAGGCCUCCUGGUUCGCGUCAAGAUGGCGCCGAAGCGUCAGCUGGGCUCCUACCGGGAAAAUCGAAGUUCAUCAAUUGCGGACAUUUUUCUCUGUCUAUCUAAUUACAUCUUAUUAAGAGUAAAAGAGAAAGAUCCCCGCAAUUUGCGAAUUUGGGUUUUCGCGGUAAGCCCCCUGAUCGGAUUUAGUUUGCGGCAAGGCACUGAUUCAAACUAGGAACUGUCAAAUUAAUUUUUGGUUGAUCAAGUUCGCACCCAAUAUAACCAAGUAGCCGCCAUAGAAGAUUCUGACAGUUCAGAUUAACCGACUCGUGAGCGAAUCGCGGCGCGAAACGAUCGCGAGUAUGGAGUCUUGCAAGUUCGCGCUCCGCGUCUCCUUUGACGCGGGCCAAAUACCGACAAAAAACGGGGAAUAAGGCGCGAAGGCGUGAACAAUCUGCGAAAUCGACGCGAGGGCCCUCCACACUCGCGUUCGCGGCUUCGCGCCUCGAUUCGCGCACGAGUGUGGAGGGCCCUGGGCUACAUCGGAACAAAAAACAUCACAUUUACGCCUCGCGCCAAAAAUCUCACGGCUCAUGUGCUGCCUCCUAUAGUUCAUGCACGCUCCCUAUAGAACGGGACUCGUGUAUUUAUAAAACUUAAUACACGAGUCCCGUUCUAUAGGGAGCGUUUUUGUUCCGAUGUAGCCCACAAGAUGGCAGAACCUACUAUGCACAAGAACACACGUGACGUGUAAAUGUACAUGUUUAUGGUUCCGAUUCAGGCCACAAGAUGGCAGACCCUCCAACGAGCACGGUCCCUAUUCUAUUCAAAAUGUUGUUACCUAGUAAUCAUAAAAAGUGUAAAAAGCCAAGUAUAAACAGUUCAUUAUAAGUUUUUCUUUAAUUGUGUGUUAAUAUUUCAUCAUAUUAGUCAAUAAUUUAGAAUAUUUUGUUUGUGUAAAAACCUAAACUGAUACUUUACACUAGGGCUUGACAAAAUGUUCAUAUGACUGUAUCGAUAACUUGUCGGUAUAUUAUAGUAGGUAUGGAAUUAGUUGUUCACAAGACAUCAUUAAGAUACUAGACGAAACCCCGGCUUUGCUCGGGUAAAAUAAUAACUCUGGUACACUCAGUUAGUCAGUAGAAAAAUGCGGCUAUAUAAUUUUUAAGAAAAACCGGUGAAAGAACGAUUAUUGUUGAUUUUAGUUUUCAUACAAUAAAAUUAAAAAGACAGCGGCAUUUGCCUAAUUAUGUAGAAAAGGAGGUAACAUGUUUUUUUUUGCCACUGCACCCACCUUGACACAUUUCAGAUUUGCCCUAUGGUUGACUGGUAAGAUACCCGCAAUAGGGUAUUCGACUGUAUUUAAGAUAAAUUAUUUCACACCAUGCAUGAAAUAAAGCACCAGAUAAUUAUUAAAAAAACUGAAUAGGAUAGAAAUAUAAAAAUGUGCCUUGAAAACCUAACUGCUUGGCAAAGAGAACAAAUUGCCAAACGUGAACUAUGCAUCAUUGAAGAUUUCCGUUCUGUUCACUAAGAUCACUAUAUUUAUGCCUUUAACAUUUGAGGAGUUCCCUCGAGUCCUCAUGGACCCCAUCGUCAGAACUCGAACUUGACAAAAAUUUGCCUUUAAAAUCUAAUUUGCUUAACAAACACAGCGAAGAUGACAAAUCGCUAAACGUGUACUAUGCGUCGUUGAAGAGUACCAUUCUGAUCAUCAUCAACAGUUCCACUUCAUCAAAUGUCACUUUUUAAAAUGUAUAUGCUUGAUUUGUUAAAGAAAAUACAAAAAUCACUAUAUAGGCUAUAUAUAAUACUUCAUAGGCAGGGUCAUUACCCACUAGGCCAGUCUGGUCGUCAAAACACCCCUCUCUUUUUGCGUCGGGAGUUAAAAACUUAUAACACCCCUCUCUUUUUGCGUCGGGGGUUAAAAAGGAAGUGAAAGUUUGUAAAGGGAAUUAAUCAUUUAAAAAAGGACAUUCAUCAUUUAAAUUUUUGUUAAAAUAAAGAAUGUUUGUGCAUUUUUGACCAAAUAGUCAUUCCUUAAGGGGGUGAAAAGAGUAGUUUAUACAGGGCAACCAGAAUUACUAAUUCCAUACAGACGAAGUAUCGUGCGAAAGCUAGUAAUAUUAUAAAUGCGAAAGUGGGUCUGUCUGUCUGUUACCUCUACACGCUUAAACAGCUGAACCGAUUUGAAUGGAAUUUGGCAUUGAUAUAUUUUUUGUCAUAGGGAUGUUUUUUAGGGUUCCGCACCCAAAGGGUAAAACGGGACCCUAUUACUAAGACUCCGCUGUCCGUCUGUUACCAGGCUGUAUUUCAAGAACCGUGAUAGCUAGACAGUUGAAAUUUUCACAGAUGAUUUCUAUUGCCGCUAUAACAACAAAUACUAAAAAGUACGGAACCCUCGGUGGGCGAGUCCGACUCGCACUUGUCCGGUUUUUUUAUAAUGUUGUGAUAGUAUAAUGGACAAUGGUACUGCCGGUCUACCAAGGUGACAAACGCUAUCGCUUCAACAACGACACUCUUCCGUAUUAGUGUGAUAGUUGCGAUUCGAUCGCUACGGAGCGUAAGCGAUUUGCACGUUGGCUACCUUCUUUCGUACAUCCCGUAACAGUAAUGCGAGUAGUUGCAAUUGCAGCUCGGACAAUGGCCCGUGGCGACCCCACCCUCGCAAAGCUCGCCCUCUCGCCACCACCGCACCACUCGCACCAAAGCCUACCGAACCGAGGUCAGUCUCGCCUCACGCCGAGUUGCCCGCUGCCGUACCCCCGUAACGCGUAUACGAACAGCGACGCUUUCCCGCCGUUCGUUCGAAUUGAGAUUAACGAUUUUUUCUGUGAACGAACAUUUGCGUUAUUUCCAAUUGGCAAAACUACCCGAGUGGUACUUGUGAUACAAUUUGGGAUAACUUACGACUUGACUACGUGUGCAGUACGCAUUAAUCAGGAUAUCUGAGCAAAACCUUAUAACUGGUUCUGGACGCUUGCGAAGUAAGGCAGCUUCGAUCAUCGGCAUGUGGCUGAAACGGUAGCGGCAGAAUGGCCGCCGCAGCGUUGGGUCUGGGGCUGCUGAUACUGGCCGCGCCCAUAUCAACUCAUGCUCAAGCUAUUCAAGACAGCCGUUGCUACUUAAUGAAUGGUGGCGCGGUGGAAAGCUUUUUUAUAAGCGAAGAUACGCCAGUUGGAAGCGUUAUAGGUACUCUCAGUGUCAAUGGUGAUCCAAGUGAAGAUGAUGGCAAUAUAUCACUCAAGUUGCAAGAAAAAGAUGCAGCAUUGGGCAUUGCUCCAGGCACCAAAAACUUGACCCUGUUACGCUUUCUUGACAGGGAAGAGAGAUUAGGCCCUUCUAAUAUUUAUGUGAAUGUGAGAUGCGAUCGGCGAAGAACCACUGAUCCUAGUUUUAUAAUUCCGGUAUCUGUGAGGGUGUGGGAUGUGAAUGACAAUGCUCCAGUAUGGGUUGGAUCUCCAUACCAUGUGAGGUUGUCAGAAUUGACUGCGGUGGGUUCGCGGGUCCUGCCUGCACUGCGAGCCACUGAUGCUGACCAGCCGGGGCCCCAUGCUACAAUUCAUUAUUCAGUUAUGCCAGGACCUAAUUCGGAAUAUUUUGGGUUUGCAAAUGAACUUGACAGUGUACUGAUAGUGAAGCAAGCAUUAGACUAUGAGGCCCUGAGCAACUUCACAGUGACCCUGAGGGCCCAGGAUCAAGGCCGGCCACCCUUGCACAACGACACCACUCUCUUUGUAGAGGUGCUCGAUGCGGAUGAUCAGAAUCCAAAGUUUACUCAUGACCAUUAUACUGCACUCCUCCCCGAUGAUGCUGUAGAGGGUACCAUCCUCAACACCACGCCUGGGCCGAUCGCAGCCGUGGACCAGGACGUCGGCAUAAACGCCCCACUGUACUACACGGUGACGGGCGACAAGCGGGAGAUGGUCGUCGUCGACAGGGAGACUGGCAGGGUCGCGGCCACGAGGCAACUGCUUGAGGCUCAUGCCCCCGUCACCGUCGUUAUAAGAGCUACCCAAGUGGACAACGCGGACCGCUACGCCCUGGCGACGCUGGCCGUGAGCCGUCGCUCGGGCGCGCUCAGCCGGCGGCCAGUGCGCUUCACGCGGCGCGCUUUCGCCGCGCGGGUGCCCGAGCACGCCCCGCUCGGCACGGCGCUGCUCACGCUUCACACCGAGCCACCCGCCGACCGCCAGUCGCCGUCAUUCCAAUUCUACGUGUCGGACCGGAGCUUCUUGGACAAGUUUGCUAUAAACAGCGCGGGCGAGGUGCUGCUGCGGCGGGCGUUGGACUAUGAGACCACACCCGAAUACUAUUACCAAGUCAUGGUCACCGAUGGUAUAUUUAACGACACGGCGUCGAUAAAUAUAACGUUGCUGAACGUGAACGAGUGGGAGCCGCGGUUCAAGUAUCCGCAGUACGAGUUCCGCGUGGAGGCGGCGGAAGGCGCGGGCGGGCUGCUGGCGGUGGGCCGCCUCGACGUGUUCGACGGCGACGCGGGCGACAACGUCACGCUCACGCUUCGCGGCUCCGACGCCAGCAUGUUCUUCAUAAACGACGCCGGCGAGAUGUUCAUGCGGCAGAACGCGCUGUCGACGCUCAACUCCAGCGUGCUGCACGUCGUGGCUACCGCCAUCGACUCGGGCUCCCCGCCGAGACAGACGUCAGUGCCUGUGAUCGUGCACGUGGGGGCGCGCCUGCUGGCGCGCGAGCGCGGCGGCGGCGUGCUCAUGUUCGCCGGCGCGCUCUCGCUCGGAGCACUCGUGCUGCUAGCGCUGCUGGCGGUGGCGCUCGCAUACAUCUACCGCAAUCGGCGUUCGAAAUCGUCCCCAAGUGCAGCCCCGAGCAAGAGCAACUUCGUGGUGCCGGAGAAGCCCUUGCCGCCGGCGGGCGCGCUGGGCGCUGCGAGCUCCGGCUCGCUGCUCAGCGUUAGCGCCGGCGCCAGCACCAUCCUUGCCAAUUCCACCAGCAGCCUCGACCUACGUGACCCCGCCGCCACGCACUCCAGAAAUGCAACGGUGUCACGGCACUCGGCGCGGGUCCCGAAGGCCAAGGUGGCGCCGGCGCCGCCCGAGGUGCCGAGCGUGGCGCUCAUGUCGGACCACCUGCAGCGCGCCGGCGGCCGCUCCGGCGUGGCCUGGCCCAGCGCCACCAUACCCGCGCGCGUCAAGAAACUCAGCUGGGACGACGGAGACCAGGGAAGCGGUGAAGCAGAGGUCAACGAAGCAACCAACCCGGCCGUAGCCGAGCACAUGAACCUUACCGUCUACUUUUAAGUCUUUUGAUAGUCGGCUUUGGGGGUCAGUCUGUCCUUCGAAAUAUCCAUCUAAUUGUUUAUUAUCACAUGGAUAGUUCGUGUUAUUGCUGUUAUUAGCUCCAAACAUGUUUAAUCUGGCAGAAACAAUUAAACUUGUUUUAUCUACACACAUAUCAUAAACACUCUAUGAUGCCUUCAAAUCCGUAUAUAAUGGACAAUAUCACGUGAAACUGUUUUAUAACAACAAAUUUCUUAUCUGUGAUAAUGUACUUAUUACUUCAUAACUACAUCAAAAUCGAUUUGGUUAUGCAUUCAAAUUUGGAACAUCUCUAAAAUUCGAUUUGACCUCUAUUCUAAUAUCAGUCGAGAUGCCUUUGUGUUCGAAAUGAAAUGUCAAUUGCAUACAAUUUUGACAUAUCUCGCGUGUUAGUUUGUAUCGAAUGAUACGGAAAUAUGCCCCAGACUCUAGUUUGUCUCUGAAUUAAAAAGAAAACUACAUGUGUGUAAAAAGUUUUCAUUUACCGCCAUUUGACGUACAGUUUAUAUUUUAAUUCGUUUUAAGUAUAAAAUGAAUAUGUUUUGUUGUUUUUAAGGUAACUAUAGCAAAAGUUUCGUGUAAAAUAAGCGAUAAAAAUAUUUCGAUGACGCCACCCUAUAUCCGCGAGUUCCGCUAAGAGAGCAAUAAUUUGGCAACGACGCCCCUACGGAGGCUAUAAUUUGGGUUAAUAAUUUCAUAGAAAGUUUAUAAUAUGUGUGUAGAUAAAAUACGAGUAGUGUAUGUAACUGUACAUAAUUAGGCAUUAAAACACUCGUGUGAUUUUUUUAAGAAACUCACUUCGUUUGUUUCUUAAACCCACAGUAUUUUAAUGCCUUUUAUUAUGUAGCAGUCACAUAAACUACUAUUACAGUACAUAUGGUCCUACUUUACCGCACUAGUGCGAAAAUUAGCAUAUUACGUUACUGUGUCGAACAUUUAAAGGGCCAUAUGUACUGUAAAACGUACGAUACAUGUGCGAAUAGGUAAUUCGCAACUCGUGUCAAUUUAAAACACUCUUCGGUCGUGUUUUAAUUUAUCGCCACUGAUUUCGAAUUUCCUAUUUUUCGCACUUGUAUCGUAAUGUACUAAUUACAGCAUUGAGAAAUAGAAAAAUAAUGAUUUAACAUUACCGUGUUGCGGAUAAAUCUGUCUUACCAAUCAUAUAGAUACAACAAUUACAAGCUUUGAAAUCUGUAUGCGGUUGGGUCAUAGGUUUUAUUUAUGGAAAUAUUUUUUUUUGUCGAAUUUUUCACAUUGGUGAGAGUAAAAAUUUUACCAUGUAGGUAUCACAAAUUAUAUAUGUAAUGAUAAUGAUCAUCAUCAUUAUUUAGUAAGCCGUAAAAUAUUUUGUUAGGGUAACAAAUGUAAAGAAAUUCAAUAUUUAAGCUGUUUCCUGUAAACAUUGUAUCUAUGACUCGGUUGGGUACUUGCACGUUAUCAAGUUAAGUACUUAUAAGUACAUUAUUUUAAACGCUGUGAUAUAUUUUCUUGGAACUAGCAACUUCUCAUAAAUGAGGUGCUCUGAUACAUGUACAAUUUAAAUUACCAAGAAAAUACUACUGUAAACGAGGUGUUAUGUUAAUAAAAAAAAAAAAACUACGCAAUUAAGACUAAAUCAUGAAUUUGCGCCGUAGAGAGCACUUCUCGUAUUUACUUUAAAAUGCAUGCAGUAGCAAAUUGUUUUGAUGUGGGACUAAGUAGCGGAAUCCCCUUGUCAGGCAAGUACCCCAUAUUGUUUUUAAUGCAUCAAGAAGAUUACCUCUAACCAAAUGUUCGUGUAAAAUAUUUUAUGUAUUUAUAUAAUUGUAAGUUUUUUUAAGACCAAGCGGUAAAUGGAUAUUGUUGUCAUAGUAUUAUAGUGUAUUUAGAUUUUUGUUGUUACAUUUAAGUCAACGCGUUACUUUAUUUGUAAGGUUUGCUUUAGGUGAAGCCAACAUAUCCGCAUGAAGACAACAAACAUUUUAUAUUAUAUUUUCCUUUCUGUGUAUUUCUAUAUACAGAUAUUCUUCGAUUUUCUUUAGGUUACUGAUAUUUAGAAAUGAAUGGAUUAUACGUUCCUAUAGUUCCAAAACACGUACAGUCAGCAUCAAAUGGAUAGUGACGGCCGAAGUGUCUGAAUUAGAAUGACAGAGAAAAAUGCUCGCAAUAAAGAACUUCGAUUUUCGCGGUUAUAGCCAAGUGUCAAACCGUGAGUUGUGACGUCAUCAGAAUCUUCAAUGUCGUUUCGACUUGGGUCACGUGACGUGUGUUAAAAGACAUUUAACUUCAAUAUUUAUAAAAAUAUGCUCAUAGAGGUCCACUAAAGGUAGUUUAACAUGUUCUUAUAAUCCAUAAGAAUUUAUUGGGAUACUAUUCUGCCCUAAGAUUUGUAGAUGGAAACAACCCUAUUAAACACUCCUACAUUUCGAUAAGAAUGCACGUCUUUAAUUCUAUAGUUUAAAAAAAUCUAUACUGUGUACCUUACGAUAUAUUCAGAAUUCCGUUUUUAGGGUUCUGUGCCAACAAGAUUCUUUAAUUUACUAAGCCACCGCACAAAAGACCGUAUCUCAAGUAAGCGAAAUAGAUAGGCAAUAGAGUUGGCUGGUCAUAUAUUUUCACAGAUGGCGCCAGUAUUGUCUAAUUAUGAUCUAAUUGGAGUAAAAGAGAAAAAUUCAAACUUCGGUGUUCGCGGUAGGACCUCAGGUUUCUCAGUCACUCCUAAUAAUAGUGUCAAAUUAUUCAUGGUUUUGGUAUUUUAUGCCACUGGCAAGCUCAGGAUUAAUGUGUAUUGAAUAACGUAUUAAAAACGACGCUUCUAUUUUAAAUCUUAGUUUCAAUCAAACUAAUUUUUUUGCCUAACUCUGGCCCCAUGCAACAAGAAGCAUGAAACUUAUGCGUGAUUUUACAGAUACAAUAUUUAUAGAAAUAUCACAAUUGAUUUUAGAACAAUUACUGAUACGGCUUGUGUUGUAUCCCUACUCAAUACUCAUAUCUACAAUACAACUACAUUGACAUAUACAAUACGAUUGAGAACAUCGAAUGAAGGCAGCAUCUCUAGUGCUUUCUUCGCUGCUGAUAUUUUGACAUAUUACUUCAAGUACCUGGGCGACCGAGCUUUGCUCGGUUAUAACUAUUUAUUGUAAUAUGGUGGUGUAUAGAACUACAUUUUUUUACUAAAUUAAACUUGUCUAAAACAAUAAAAAUUAAAAAAAAAUAUAUAAACUUGAACAUAUAAAAAUAAAACAAAAGUUAGUCACCGGGCGAGAUUCGAACCUGUAACACUCCUUUAGCAGUCCGC